AUGGGCCCUUCGCGCCUCGCGGCCGUAAACCGCCAGCAGUCGCUCACCGCUCCACCUUGUGGGAGGCCUGGCACCGAAAUCCGAACCUCUGGGGCCCGGCCAAGCGUUGGAUAUCGCUUCGAAUUCUCACUCGUCCUCGUCUCCUUUUUCCUGAACCUCUGUUUUGAAUGUCAGCUCCCUGGAGCUGCUGCAAGCCUGGUUGGGGCCAGGUCGGUGUGGCGGGCGCAGGUGGGAACGCUGUCUCUAAGCCUCGAGAUCAUUUACCGAGAACAGCCGCUUGGGCUCACCCGCUGCACAGAACUCAGGGAAACCCAGCUCCAAACUGUGGGAGUUUGGGAGCUUUUAAUUGGCAACUUGGAUCCGAAAGAGUUUGUGGUGAAGGCUUCACUUAACUCUGGCUAG